AUGUGGGUAGCCCGGCAGCGUAAGCAACUGGCUUUACUGGCCCAGCGCUACAAGUGGCUGAAAGCUCCGUACAUCAUCGGAGCGCCAAUGCGAGUUCUCGCAGGCCCGGAAUUGGCGGUCGAAAUCUCCGCGGCUGGUGGUCUAGGAUUCAUAGGACCCCCUGUGAAGGUUGCUGCUGCGGCUGUCGACUUGGCCAAGGCGGCGCAACUUGCACGAUCCUCAGCAUCACAAUCUCUUCAAAGCCAUUUAUCUAGCUCCGAAACUUUACCUGUUGGGAUAGGGUUUCAAACAUGGACCACAGAUUUAAAUGAAGCUUUGAAUGCCUUGCAAGAGAACAGCCCUUGCGCGGUCUGGCUGUUCGCGCCUAGCCGUGGCCAAGAAGAGCUCGAUGAAUGGACGACAGCGCUGCGGAAGACCGUGCCCAAGGUCCAAAUAUGGAUCCAAGUAGGCACAAUACGGGAAGCAGUUGCAGCUGCUACUAGCUCUUCGCCACCCGAUGUUCUUGUUGUUCAAGGCGCAGAGGCUGGUGGGCAUGGCAGGGCGCAGGAUGGUGUCGGCUUGCAGGCACUUUUCCCCGAGAUCUCCGACGCAGCAAGCGAAAGCGGCAUUCCUCUCAUAGCUGCUGGGGGCAUUAUAGAUGGAAGGGGUCUCGCAGCAGCUCUCUCUCUAGGGGCUGCGGGCGCCGCUAUGGGAACCCGGCUGUUGGCCGCAAAAGAGACUCGCAUUAGCAACGGCUAUCAAAAGGAGGUGCUGCGCGCCAGCGACAGUGCAACAUCUACAGUUCGCACGCACCUAUACAAUCACCUACGAGGAACAUAUGGCUGGCCUGAGCAAUUCGCCCCCCGAACUAUCAUUAACAAGAGCUGGACCGACCACCAAGAUGGUAUUCCUUUUGAAGAGUUGAAGAUACGACACGACGAGGCUGUCAAGUCCGGGGACGCAGCUUGGGGCCCAGAGGGUCGUCUUGCAACAUACGUUGGCGCUGCCGUCGGCCUUGUCCGCAACGUUCAGGCAGCCGGCUCCAUCAUCGCCGAAACUCGGUACGAGGCGACAUCUACGCUGGCUUCCAUCUCGAGCUUACUAGAGAGUGAUGGUUGA